AUGCCAGUAAAAAUAAUGGAGUUGUAUGAUGUUGGUCCUGCUGGGAUACGAACACACCUCCCCUUAGAAAUUCAAAGAACCCCGCCCGUCAAAACAAGGAAGAAGCAGCUGGGCCAUUUCCAAAACAAGCGCAACUGCCAAAUGACUGCACAAACAGCGCGAAUGACUCACUGCCGUUUUUUCUCGUGCUGGUGGAGGAAGACCCUUCGCGAAGCUCCCAACACUUGGGUUUAUUUUAUACACAAGGAGAGAAGAGCAACGAAGGAUUGA